AGUUAUUGCAGUAGAGAGUGACAUUUAUUUUGUUUUACCAAAGUGUACACCAAAUUACAAAUCGACGGAAAUACGUCACUCUCUGCGGGUGUCAAGGGUCACGCUCGCGCUUUCUACUUCCUUUCCUGUUGUCGUCGGCCAUAGAGCACCAUCAAGAUGGGCAAGUUUAUGAAACCUGGCAAGGUGGUGAUGGUCCUGGCUGGACGUUAUGCCGGACGCAAGGCUGUGAUUGUCAAGAACAUUGAUGAUGGCACCGCAGACCGUCCUUACAGCCACGCUCUGGUCGCAGGCAUCGACCGUUAUCCUCGUAAAGUCACAGCCACCAUGGGCAAGAAGAAGGUUGCCAAGAGGUCCAAGAUCAAGGCUUUUGUCAAAGUGUUCAACUACAACCACCUCAUGCCAACCAGAUACUCUGUUGACAUUCCUCUGGACAAAACUGUUGUCAACAAGGAUGUUUUCAGGGAUCCUGCUCUGAAGCGUAAAGCCAGGAGAGAGGCCAAGGUUAAGUUUGAGGAGAGGUACAAGACAGGCAAGAACAAAUGGUUCUUCCAGAAGCUCCGAUUCUAAGCUUUCAUUGGUUUCGCAAAUAAAUCUGUAAAAAUCCCA